AGUGAUAAGCGCUCAUGGAUGGAUGUGUGUAACAUUCGUUUGAUUGCCGCGCAAAUACCGUUUCGAACGCGUUAAUUGGAUCUAACGUGAUUAAAAUUUACCUUAGAUUGUUUUGUGUUUAUCAUAAGUGGAUUUGUUGUGUUCCGUUACUCUUGCAUGUGUGUGUGAAACAAGUUAUAAUUUUUUUUUGUGAUUUUCGUUUGGAUUUUUCUCCGCCGAUGUUUUCGUUAUGGCUUGAGUAAUGGAGGGCGAUUGUGCGGAGGAGGGCUGGCUGCUGGUGCGCGUGCACGUGCCCGAGCUGAACGUGCAGAAGAGCCUGCAGUUCUCUCGCGACCAGCUCGUGUGGGACGUCAAGCAGCAGUGCCUUGCCGCCUUGCCUAAGGUGGCCACUUGGUAUCGGGAAUUGAAAGAGAGCUUCAACUAUGGUCUGUUCUGCCCACCUGUCAACGGCAAGGCCGGUAAGUUCCUGGAUGAGGAACGACGUCUCGGUGACUAUCCUUUUAACGGACCUGUUGGAUACCUGGAGUUGAAAUAUAAAAGACGCGUGUACAAGAUGUUGAAACUGGACGAAAAGACACUGAAAGCAUUGCACUCGCGAGCGAAUCUUCGACGUUUCUUGGAACACGUGACGCACGCACAGAUAGACAAAAUUACGAAGGCCUGUGCUAAAGGACUCGAUCCCAAUUUUCAUUGUCAGGAUACUGGCGAAUCUCCACUUACAAUCGCAGCUGGCCUUAAAUCACCCGGUAAAGUAUUGAUUGCCCUCGUAAACGGUGGAGCUCUCCUCGACUAUCGGACUAAAGAUGGCAGUACAGCGAUGCACCGAGCUGUUGAAAAGAACUCCUUAGAAGCAGUUAAAACUUUAUUAGAACUUGGAGCGUCACCAAAUUAUAAAGAUGGCAAAGGAUUAACGCCUUUAUAUCUAUCAGUAACGAACAAAACCGAUCCCUUAUUGUGUGAAACGCUACUCCACGAUCAUGCGACGAUUGGGGCCACUGAUUUACAGGGAUGGCAAGAAGUUCAUCAGGCUUGUCGAAAUGGCUUAGUUCAACAUCUGGACCACCUUCUGUUCUACGGCGCGGAUAUGAAUGGACGUAAUGCGUCCGGUAACACACCAUUGCACGUUUGUGCAGUCAACGCACAAGACUCCUGCGCGAGACAAUUACUCUUCAGAGGCUGUGACAAAGAAUCGUUGAACUUUGCUAACCAGACGCCGUAUCAGGUCGCAGUUAUAGCUGGAAAUUUAGAAUUGGCAGAGGUGAUAAAGAAUUACAAAUCAGAAGAAGUUGUUCCGUUUCGCGGUCCACCGCGCUACAACCCGCGGAGGCGAUCGGGCGCGUGGGGCGGCUGGUGGAGCGCCGGCGACCGCUCCUCGCUCGCCUCGUCCACACGCAUCCCCGCCGAGCUGGACGCGCUGCUGCGCCGCCCUCCCGGCGCGACACACUCGCCCUGCAGCCUUGACAGGCCCUUCUCGUCCGCCUCCUCGAGCAUCAGCGACGCGAGCCACCCCAGCCACGAGGACGACGCUAGCAUACUCACAGAUAAGAGCGCGGGCGACACUAGCGACAUCAUCUCGGACUCGAGCGGCGUGGGCACGAGCACGUCCGACACCACCACGUGCUCGCUGCAGGGCGGCGCCACCGUCGUGUGCCUCACGCCGUGCGAGCCCGCCGCGCCCGGACAUCUGCGCCUCAACCAGGGGGACAUCAUAGAAGUAACGGGAGCAACGGAUGAGGGUUUACUGGAGGGUACCGUUCGAGGCUCGGCAGCUAGCGGGCUGUUCCCCGCGCACUGCGUGCAAGAAGUGCGGCUGCGGCAAAACGCACACCUGCACCAGGUCCUUUCAUCGGGACCGAUCCACCAUUCACGGGUAACUGGUCGGAGAGAGAUGGCACUGAGUAAAACUUACAGUGCUACCGCACCUAGGAUAAAGAAAACGUACGGCAACAUGGAGACGCGCACGGUGGUGCUGCACCGCGCGCGACGCGGGUUCGGCUUCGUGCUGCGCGGCGCCAAGGCGUCGUCGCCGCUCAUGGAGCUGCGGCCGUCCGAGCGCUGCCCCGCGCUGCAGUACCUGGACGACGUGGACGCGGGCGGGGUGGCGGACCGCGCCGGCCUGCGCAAGGGGGACUUCCUCGUCGCGAUCAACGGCGAGGACGUGUCGGCGGCUUCGCACGAGCACGUGGUGGAGCUCAUCCGCGGCUCGGGCGCGCUCGUCUCUAUGACCGUCGUGUCGCUCGCGCACGCAGUCAGCAAUGAGAUCAACAUGUGUACCGUGCCUACGAGUAAAUCACAAAAUCAACUGUCGAGUUCCGGGCGGCCGUAUGCCGCCACCUUACCUAGGAAAGCAGCGGGUGGCCGCAGCCCCGCGCCCGCGCCGCCGCGCCGCGACCCGCGCACCACGCUCAGCGUGGGCCGCGCGCGCGCCAAGUCCAUGGUCGCCGGCCUCGAAAAUGGCGGUGAAAAAGAAGAGAGUUGCGAACCUUUAAGCGUCGCCGGCAAGUCGUCGUCUGCUGAAUCUGUUCAGUUACAUGGCGGCAGCAAUACGAGCGCGCCGGGCGCCGGCACGCCGCCCGCGCCGCGCACGGCCUCCAUCCGCGCGCGGCCCGCGUCCGGCCGCAUCACGGCCGCCGAGCUGGAGGAGCUGUUCCAGCGACAGGCCGGCGCCGACAACGCCAGCAUCAAUAGUGCUAUGAUGACGCGGUCGGCCUUCCAGGGCGGCUCGGGCUCCCCGCCCGCCUCGCCCGCGCGCUCGCGCGUCUACGCCUCCGUCGCCGAGAUGAAGCGGAACAAGGGCAAGGUGUGGAGCAAGACCGCGUCGCUGCGCCGCGACUUCCACUCCACGCCGGACCUCGCGGCCGAGCUCACGGCGCACCCGCCGCGCACGCGCUCCAGCGAGGACGUGCACGGCCCGGCGCGCGGGCCGCCGCCGGCCGAGGCGCCGCCGCCGCCGCCCGGCGCGCCCGCCUCGUCCUUCCGCCCCGCCGCGCCCGCCAAGCUGUACGCGUCCCCGCGCGACCUGGCCGCCGUCGCCUACCGCCCCGCCGCAGACCAGACCGUGCGGGGCGCGACUGCGAGCGCGCCGCGCCAGUGGGUGGGCCGCGCGCGCGCCGCGUCGGCUGACGACGCCGCGCACCAGUACGCGCAGCCCAUCAACCUGCACAAGGGGUUCACGAGACAGAGCUCUACGCCCGCGCCGCCCAUCCCGGAGCCCGACUACAGCAUGUCGGAGUCCGACGACGAGACGCCCAAGCGCGCCGGCGAGCCGCCCGGGGAGACCAGCGCCAACAGCAACACCAGCGGCAGCAGCUCCGGCUCCGGCUCGAUGCAGCACUCGUUCUCCGUCGACGAGAUCCAGAAGAUCCGCACGCGACUCAAGUCGUCCAAGUCGUGCGGCGACGAGCUGGCGGGCGAGCGCGACGACGGCGACAACUCGUCGUCCGGCGUGUCGUCCGACCAGGAGGCGCAGGCGCGGCCGCGGCGCGACAAGGUCUCCUUCUGCAGCUCCGUCACCGUGAAGUCGUCCAACGACGUCAUCAGCACCGAGCCCGUGCACAGCUCCAGCGAGAGCCUGGCGCCGGCCGCCAUGGCGCGCCACAACUCGCUGACGCGCCGCCGCGCCGCCGCCGCCGUCAUGCGCGCCGGCGCCGCGCGCGGCCGCUCGGCCGCCGAGCGCCUGGGCGUCGACCCCGAUCGCGCGCCCGGCCGGCGCCGCGCCGCCGUGUCGCUGGCCGAGCUGCCGCCGCCGCCCGAGGAGCCGGCCGGCGAGCCGCCCGGCGCGCCGCCCGUGCUGGCGCCGCCGCCGCAGUUCAGCGACCGCGUGCGCGUGGUGGCGGCGCUGCCCAAGCUGCACUAGCCGCGCCCGAGCGCCGCGCGAGCGCCUCAAGCCAAAGAUUAUAUAUUUAUUGUCGACGAGUCGGAGGUCGCCGUGCAUUCCUCGCCGCGGUCUCCUCGUAGUCUCCGAGUGUCAAAGUUUAACCCCCUCGCUGAAUUCGCUCAUUCGCAUCGAUU